AGACGUUGGUCAGCUGAUUCAUAUUCACCAUUCACCAUUGUGAUUCGUGAUUGAGAUGAGAGCAGCGUUCAGUCCAACCAUAAGAAUCGGCACACUUCACCCUCCCACUUUCACCCAUCUCCAGUAUUUGACGCUCGACUUACUGAGCUUGCGGAUCCCUAAUUCCUAAUACAUACCAUGCCUCCUCGCCCUACGGAAAACGUGUGGAAGUAUCCACGCCCACCAGCCCUUCAGAGGACUUCGGCCAGACUCAGAGUCAUUUGGCGCCCUGCCACUGGCCCCUCUGCUGCAACGACGGGAGGAGGAGGAGGAGGAGGAGGAGGGGAAGAGGUCGUUUUGGCCGAUACGACGCAGGGCUGGCGAGUGCUAGAGACGAGUCACCCUCCUACCUACUACUUUCCCCCCUCUUCUGUGCGUCGAGACCUCCUGCAAGACUCGAGCGCUCGCAGGACAAUGUGCGAGUGGAAGGGACAAGCAAAGUAUCACGAUGUCUUUUCUUCCAAAGCGAGGAUCUGGUCGUACCCUAGCGCGACCGGCAAGACCGGACCAACAUCCGAUUCGCAGGGAUUCGAGGACAUCAAGGGCCACUACUGCUUCUACGCCUCUUCCAAUACCGAUCCCAAAACUCAGGGAGCUUGGGUCUGCAUGGUGGAUGAUGACGUAGUGCAGGCACAAGAGGGAGACUUUUAUGGCUCGUGGAUCACGCCCGAGAUAACGGGCGGGGAAAGAGGCUUCAAAGGCGCUGCUGGUACUUGGGGUUGGUAAUAUCACUCCAAUCGCGACCGGUACAUGACGCUGCCUUGGCAAAAACAGUGACAAAAAGGCAGGCCACGCACACGAUAGCUUCCCCAAUGCUUGCACUCUCAGCUUCCAUGCACAAACAGGCGAUCUGUAUGCAUACGACCAAAGUGGGGCGGGAAAGAUGAGAUCCUCUCCAACGCGCGAUGCGCUGAGCAAACCAGAGACAUGGAGUUGUAGUAUCAAUCGAAAACAAUCUUU